GUUAUCAUUUGCUAAUUAAGGGGGAUGCACAGUGAGAAAACAUAGAUUUAGGUCAAAAAUAUCGAUAUUUUAAAAUUAAUUGAUUUUAAUAGUUUAAAAUGUCUAGAAUACGAAUUCCCUAUCAGAAUACUAAAAAAAAUACGUUUUAUACAUCAAUUUUGUAUUUUAAAUGUAGAUAUAUAAGCAAAAUUUUGAUGUUUUGGUGAAAAAUCAACAUUUUGUAAGCUAUAGUUGAUAAGCUAAUGUACGCUCUCAUCCCUAACAGAUGGUAUCGAUACAAAGGUCUACUUUUCUAGUUCCGAUUAUGUGCAUGGUUUCUCAUUCUAUAAAUAAAUAGUACUGCAAUGAACUUUCAAAAUACGUCACUACCUCUUUUUUUCCCCUAUAUCCUCAUAUACACACCCACAAAGCCAUAUUUACGCAUGCGCACCAUCAAAGCUUCUAUAGUUACUGUAAUUACACGCAUGCGCACUGAAAAAGCUUCCGUAACUACAAAGUAUGCACGCAUGCGCACAUGACGUGAACCGGUCCUUCUUCUGUAAACUUCCAUCACAUCAACAAUCGAUUCAUUAUUGAAACUCAGAAAUGCCAACAAAAGGUUAUAUGUUUGGAAAGAAAAAACGUUACUGUAAGCCCAGAGGACGACAUGCUUCAAAGACAAAUGCACAAUUACAAAGCUCUGUUUUGGAUACAGCUGGAUCUGAAGCAGCAACAACACAGCCUGCAAGUGCAGCUGAGCGAAAAAUAUCCCUAACUGCAGUUACUAACGCUGAUAACACCAAUAAGAGGCUGCCUGAAGAUUUCAUAUACGUCAUGAUGAAUUCAAUGCAAUUGACCACAAUGGUCUCCUUGUUGUGCUGUCCACAUUGCUUUGACAACAAAUUAACUAUGUGCAUCACACAAUCAAAAGGCAUGGCUCAUUUGAUUAAAAUCAAAUGCCUAAAUUGUGAAACAUAUUUGUGGUCCGACUGGACCUCAAAAAAAAGUAAUGAUGUUCAUCUGGAUAUUAAUGUCCGCGCUGUCGCUGCAUUAAAAGAAUCUGGAAUCUCGCAUUCUAAAUUUGAUAGGUUUUGUGGACUUAUGAGUAUGCCCUGCAUGCACAGAAAUACUUAUAACAAUCUAGCUAACAUAGUCAAUACCGCUAUAAUUGAAGCUGGUGAAGAAUGUAUGAUUAGGGCAUCUGCUGUUGUGCAUGGAAGAAACAUUUCACAACCUCUAACUACAGAUGAAAGAAUAAGUUUAACAGGCUGUCCUGUUAUUACAGUUUCUUUCGAUGGGACUUGGCAUAAAAGGGGCCACUCAUCUCAUUCAGGAAUUGGCACAGUUAUUGAUUUUGAUACUGGACUCGUCAUCGACACCGAAGUCCUAUCAAAUUAUUGCCAUGUUUGUGAUUCAAACUCUGCAGAACUAAACUUUGAUGCCUCUAAGCAUAUGUGUCAAAAAAACUUCAGUGGCUCAGCAAAUGCAAUGGAGGCCGCAGCAGCAUCCAAAAUCUUUUCGCGCUCUGUGGCAUCCAGAAAACUUGUUUAUGGCACGAUGCUGUGUGAUGGCGAUAGUAAAUCGCAUUCAUCUGCCAUUACCAACUCAGGAUAUGAUGUAGAAAUCUUAAAAGAGGACUGCAUUAACCACAUCUCAAAAAGAAUGUUUAAUGCUUUGAACAAUUUAAAAAUGUCUAACAAAAAAGAACUAAAUUAUAGGCUUACAAAGCCAAAAAUUGAAAAAAUUACAAAUUACUAUUCCAAAGCUCUGCGCCAAAAUGCUCCCGACAUUCAAAAAAUGAAGCUGGCUGUUAUGGGCUCAUUUUUUCAUAUGAUGAGCUCAGACCUAGAUCAUAACCACAGGUUGUGUCCUGAUGGCGCUACAUCUUGGUGUCACUUUAAGAGAUCAGAGGCACUAAAACAGCCAUAUAAAAAACACAACCAGACCAUCACAUCAGAAAUAGGUAAACUGUUAUUUCCUAUAAUGAAAAGACUAACAGACACAGAUCUGUUAAAAAGAUGUUCUAGAAUGGGAACACAAAACGCCAAUGAAUCUUUUCAUUCCCUCAUUUGGCAAAGAUGCCCCAAAACAGAAUUCGCAACAUUAAAAACGGUAAGGGCUGCGACAUACCUUGCUGUUUUAGCCUUCAAUAAUGGACCUGUUGGCAUCAGAUCAGUUUUUGACAUAUUAGGCAUUCCCUGGACACUAAAGAACAUUUCUUCUAGUGAGAAAAAGCAAAAUGUCAAACUACAGCUUGUUAGAAAAAGAAAAUCAAUCGCAUUAGUGUCCAGGAGAAAAAACUUGAAAAAACGAAGAAUUGAGCAUGAGCACCGGGCAGAGGUUCUAGAAGGUCCAACCUAUCAAUCAGGCCAUUUUAAUGAAUAGUUUUUUGUUUUUUUUAUUAUCUAUUAUGUUGUUUUAUGUAAAUAUUCCCUUUUUUUUCAUUUUUAUGGUUACAAUAAAUAUUUUAUAUCAUUUUAAAAACUUUAAA